UAUUGAGGAUGAUUUACCCUGAAUGCCUCCAUCAAUUACGACGCCUAGGGUCUACGUCGGAGUGACGUCUGGGUAUUGCGCAUGCGCAGAUGGGCGCGCUGCAGCUGUUGAGGGAGGAGAGCGGUGCGAGCAGACAGCUGCUUCCACACUACGAGCAGGAACUGUAAAUGUGUGUGUAUUGAAUGUGUGUGUGUGUGUGACAGCGCGCUGCUAGAGUCAAACCUCAAGCGCUAAGCUCCAUUCACAAGGCUUUUGUCCAACGCCUUUAAAUGUAGCUCAUACACCGUAUACACGCAUUCCCUCUCGGACGCCUUCGAGCAUUUCACUGUGUUUUUGUCCCCGUACCCCGGAACGAGUGGAUCCUGACAUGAUGGGUCUGCUAUUACCAGCCAGUGUGUUGAAGUGAGCUGUUCUCUCCCUCUACUGUAAACCCCUCCCCCUGGGGUUAAACCCCUCUUCCCAUCCAUCCGGGGAGCAUCAGUCAUGGCAGGUGUUAAACGUGGCUAUGACGGCAAGAUUGCCGGACUGUAUGACCUGGACAAGACGCUGGGGCGCGGGCAUUUUGCUGUGGUAAAGCUGGCACGCCACGUCUUCACUGGUGAGAAAGUGGCAGUGAAGGUCAUCGACAAGACCAAGUUGGACACAGUUGCCACGGGUCACCUUUUUCAAGAGGUGCGCUGCAUGAAGCUGGUGCAGCACCCCAACAUCGUGCGCCUUUAUGAAGUCAUCGACACGCAGACCAAGCUGUAUCUGAUCCUGGAGCUGGGGGACGGAGGCGACAUGUUCGACUACAUCAUGAAGCAUGAGGAAGGGCUCAACGAGGAACUGGCAAAGAAGUACUUUGCCCAGAUUGUCCAUGCCAUAUCUUACUGCCACCGGCUGCAUGUAGUCCAUCGUGAUCUAAAGCCUGAAAAUGUGGUUUUCUUCGAGAAGCAGGGUCUCGUUAAGCUUACUGACUUCGGCUUUAGUAAUAAAUUUCAGCCUGGGAAGAAACUAACCACCAGCUGUGGGUCUUUGGCCUAUUCAGCUCCAGAGAUCCUGCUGGGGGAUGAGUAUGAUGCACCUGCAGUAGAUAUCUGGAGUCUAGGAGUGAUCCUGUUCAUGCUGGUAUGUGGACAGCCCCCUUUCCAGGAAGCCAAUGACAGUGAAACCCUCACCAUGAUCAUGGACUGUAAAUAUACCGUACCUACCCAUGUCUCCAAUGCCUGCAAAGAUUUGAUAAAUCGGAUGCUGCAGAGGGACCCUAAGCACCGUGCCUCGCUGGAGGAGAUUGAGAGCCAUGCAUGGCUGCAGGGUGUGGAUCCAUCUCCAGCCACCAAGUUCAGCACACCUCUUGUGUCCCACAAAAACCUUUCGGAGGAGGAACACAACUCGAUCAUCCAGCGCAUGGUACUCGGAGACAUUGCAGAUCGAGAGGCCAUCGUUGAAGCCCUAGAAACGAACAAGUACAACCACAUCACGGCUACCUACUUCCUGCUGGCAGAACGGAUCCUCCGGGAGAAGCAGGAGAAGGAGGUGCAGCCCCGAUCCUCCAGCCCCAGCAACAUCAAAGCCCAUUUCAGGCAGUCAUGGCCGACUAAAAACGAUGUGCACCAGGACAUCGAGGACAGCCUGGCGGCGUCCUCCAUCUCGCACGCAGGGGGGCCACAGUCUCCAGCCCGAAGCACUGAGAACCUGCUGAAUGGUCACCGUAACAAAGGGCUGCUGGAUCUGAGCCGCCGGGAGGAAAGCAGCGAGGCCUGUAGCACUGCCGUUUAUCCUGGCCAGUUGACCUCUCUCACCCAAGGCCCCCUAAAACCCAGCAGCACAGCUUCCCCUGCCUCAGCCUCAGCCAAGCAGCGAACAUGUCUUUUCCGUGUGGAGGAGGAUGAGGAGGAAGAGGAAGAGCAGGAGCAGGCACCACUCCCCACGCAGGUGAUUUUACGGCGAAAGCCGCCGUCUGUCACUAACCGGCUGACCUCCCGGAAGAGCGCACCGGUGCUCAACCAGAUAUUUGAAGAGGAAGGCGAGUCUGAUGACGAUGACUUUAACAUGAACGAUCUGCCACCCAAGAUGAGCCGCCUCAAGAUGAACAUUGCAUCACCCGGUACUGCAUCUAAGCGCUACAACCGGCGCAAGAGCCAGGGCCGUGGCUCCAGCUGCUCCAGCUCAGAGACCAGCGACGACGACUCAGAGAGCCACCGCCGCCGCCUCGAUAAAGAGUCAGGCUUCACGUACUGGCACCGCAGGGACAGCAGUGAAGGCCCACCAGGUAAUUCAGGGGGCAACGGAGGGGGUGGCAGUAGCGGUGGGCAGAGCAAACCUCCAGGAGAGGGUAACUCUGGACCAGACAGGGGGAGCAGUAAUGGUGGAAGUGGUGGAAGUGGAAACACAGGAGAGGGAGGGGGUUCUAAAGGACAGGGAAGCCCUUCCAGCUGCUCCAGUGGCAGCAGCAACCCUACCUCGGGCUCUACACGCACUGCAGCCCGGAGCACAGGAGAACUGAUGGAGAGCCUAAAGCUCAUGAGUCUCUGUUUAAGCUCCCAGUUGCAGCAUCGACGAGCAGGAGGAGGAGGACGCUUCAUCAUGGAUCCGCAGAGUCUCUCUAGUGUAAGAGUGCAGGAAAAGUCCUCGUGGAAGAUGUGCAUCGGCUCCAACAGCAGCCUGGAAAAGACUCUGAAUGUGGGCGGCGGGUUAAUGGACCGUUACCCGGACCAAACGGCAGCCAUGCUGAAUGAGCUGGCACUGGCCAAGGAGAACAACCUGAACUUGAAAGCAAACGUGCUGCAGCUACCUCUGUGUGAGAAAACAAUUUCAGUAAACAUCCAGAGGAGCCCCAGGGACGGGCUGCUUUGUACAUCGGCCCAGGCCAGCUGCUGCCAGGUCAUAUGAUGGUGGAUCACAUGACCAGACUUCAUAGUGCUCCUACCGCUGUAUUUGUAGCAUAAUGAUUUGAAAACUCCUGUAGCUUUGUGUGAUCUUCCCCAACCUUCUGUCGUCUUAAUCAUUCUUACAACUUAUUUAUUUUUAUCUCAAUCUGUUUGGUUUUAUGAGGUGCACACAUGCUAGAUUGGUUUCUGCCUCCUUGCGGGGUUGUCCUGUUUAGUCGCCCUUACUGUUUUACAUUUCCUUUCCAUCUCAUUGGUGAUGUAUAUUUCUUUCCACCAUCUCCUCAACUGAAAAACUCUUAAGAUGGUUUACAUGGUUUGGUUUCGGCCAGUCAAACAGAACUGUAGAUUUUUAUUUAAUGAUAAAGUGGAAUAUUUAAUAAAGAUAAUUAAAUAUGACCAAAAGUGUGACAGAGUAGCACCUGGAAGGUCGUACGAGCACUUACAAACUUAAGACUUAAUGAGUGCUACCAAAAAAAAAAAAACCCCAGCUCAUGUCAUAAAUGCAGCUCAUUAGAAGGAAACUAGCAUUCUGUUCUAAUUAAUGUAAUGUAUGUUUCUGAUGUCUUAAUUUAAAACAAUUUCCACAGAAAAUCAGUUCUUCAUUGAAUUAUGCAUUUUACUUUCUAAUCCUGGUUUAACUAACCACACAUUAAAUUACCUUUUAUAUAUAUAUAUAUAUAUAACAAAUAAAUAUUAUUAGCAACACUUAAAAUGUCAGUGUUCUUAAAAAUUCUGUUGAACAAUCACAUUUUCCUCAAGUCAAACAGGAAAUUAGUCAGCAAAUUAGCGUAUUUUUAUUCUGAGAAUUGCGUAUCCAUAAAUCGUAGAGUUUGACUUGAUGAUGAUUAUAUGAAGGGUUUUCUUUUUUCCCCCCAGAUAAGCCCCGUUUUCAACAUAGCCUUAAGGUAAAGCAAUCGAAGAAAACAAAUCCGUAUGAUAUGCUGUUCAUCAUCUGUGCAAAUUCAGCAGCCAAUUUUUUUUAAUCCAAAAUGCCAAUGUCCAGAUAAUGAAGAGAGUUCUUGUAGGGCAUCGAGGACAUACAGGACUGUUAACACACACUAGAGAUGGCUGGAGCUUUGCUGCAUUAACCAUAUUGAUCCUUAAGGAAAUCAUUAACAAUAUUCCACAGGUUGGUCAUGUCUUUAGUCCAAGUUUAGCUGGCUGGUUUCAAGACCUUAAUAAUAAUAGGAAAUGAAUUCCUAGAUACUGCUGAGCUCCAGAUCCCAGUCCAACUGUUCUGACCUCACUCACUUUGUCAAACACUUCAGUUACUGUAACUACCAGUCUCCAAUAAGACUGGCCUCAGAUGCCUAUAGGGUAUGUAAAUAAGUUUUUAAAAUUUUAUUUUCUUUUAUGUUUUUUAAAGGACUGCUGAUUUUAUGUGCCAUGUUAAACACAGGCUUUCGAGUGAAAGCAGUGCUGAUUUGUUACCUGGCUCUAAUUCCCAUUUACAGCGGAAGACAUAACGAGAGCUCUCAUUCAGGCAAUAGAUAAUAAAGGAACCGGCUUUUGAAAGACCAUCUAUAAUCCUGUGUGAAGAGCUGUACAGAGUCCAGGCUGAAGCAGAGAGAGCUGUAGAAGCUGAGGCUUUUAAGGGCAUUGGCAAUAAGCUAUAAGUUGCAGCUAUUUGUAAAUAUACAUUUUUUUUUUUUCUUUUUUUCUUUUUAAACUACAAGGUCUGUAAAUAAAGGUGUAAAUACAGUGCACACUCUGUAAAAGCGCAGCGUCAGCCGUCUGGUUCAUAGCUGUAAUAUAGCUUUACUAGUCGUGAGUGUCUCCAGUAAACUAAGCAAUGUUGAAAAAGAAAACAGUGCUAUAUUCAUGAUGUUGGUCUCAGACUCUGUCCUGCGAUGAUGUAAAACAGGUAAAAUGAUAAUGUGCAUGUGUUGAACGUUCAACAUAACUGAUCAAUGGACAUGGAAAGGUAAAACAACAACAAAGAACUGCCACAAAAUGUUACUGGACCAAAAUUGUGUACUGACUUCUAAAGAAAAACAACAGCAAAGAAGCAAAAUGAUUUAAUGUUCUGUUGUUGAAACUUGUCCUCACAAGUUAUAUAUAGUUAUGGUAAUGUCCAAAAAUUAAAUGUUGUGGAAGAUGUCUUUAAA